GAGAAUCUGCUCUGGUGGUGCUGGAUUUCGGACGACAUGAGCUCUACAUGAAUCGCGAAAAAUGCUUUAAGACGCUGUCAGCGUUUGUCUUUCAUCCGUCUCGACCAAGGACAAGCCUGAAGCGGAACUAUUCUUCACGUUCAGGUGUAACACUGUCUUAAACCUGAGGGGGGAAGAAUGCCGGAGCAGAGCAACGACUAUCGUGUGGUGGUGUUCGGAGCUGGAGGAGUGGGAAAGAGCUCCCUGGUGCUGCGCUUUGUGAAGGGCACGUUCAGGGACACGUACAUCCCCACGGUGGAGGACACCUACCGUCAGGUGAUCAGCUGCGAUAAGAGUGUGUGUACACUGCAGAUCACUGACACCACAGGCAGCCACCAGUUCCCGGCCAUGCAGCGCCUCUCCAUCUCCAAAGGCCACGCCUUCAUCCUGGUCUACUCCAUCACGAGCAAACAGUCCCUGGAGGAGCUCAAACCCAUUUACCAACAGGUCCUGGCCAUAAAGGGCAAUGUUGAGGCCAUCCCCAUCAUGUUGGUUGGCAACAAGAGUGACGAAACUCAGCGAGAGGUGGAAACCAAGGACGGGGAGGCCCAGGCCAACCAGUGGAAGUGUGCUUUCAUGGAGACGUCAGCCAAGACCAACCACAAUGUGACCGAGCUCUUCCAGGAGCUCCUCAACCUGGACAAGAAGAGGAACAUGAGCCUCAACAUCGAUGGCAAGCGCUCAGGGAAGCAGUCCCGCGCUGAGAGACUGAAGGGCAAAUGUAGCGUGAUGUAGAGCGAAAACCAGGAGAGGAGAGGGGAGAGGAGGGAGGGAGGUGGAAGUGAGAGAGGUGGGAGAAACAUGAAGAACAAGGGAAAGGAGGGAAGUCGAGAAAAGAGCUCACCAAAUGUGUCACUCACAUAGUAAAAUGUCGGGAUCUAAUGGAAGGCACAAUGAUGAUCAUAAACCACAUGAAAAUGGCAGGGGGAUCCUCCUUUGUGCAUUCAGAAACACAACCUAGCUGUCAUUUUGAGAGUGCAUCGGAUCUGGAUUUCACUUUGGAGUGCACAUCCAUGUGAAUUCUGCUAAAAACGGAGACAGAUGGAGGAGGGAACGUCGAGCGGCAAAGGAUGACUCAGUGGCAACUGAGAGAUUGUGUUUGUGUGUGUGUGUAUGUGUGAGUCCAAGGUGCAUUCAUGUGGAUAUCAGCCCCAAACAUGGAGAAGACACAAUGGAUGUGGACUUUUGCAUCAGCCAAGCGUUACCAAACCUGAUUGAGGAGCUCAAAUAGUCAUCAAGACCUUGGAUUGCAAUAAAGACCACAGACACUGCAGCACUCCUGGAAUAAGAUCGAAGGUUGCUGACGUACACCAAACUUUAAGAGUCCUCUCUCACUUCCACACCCACCCUCCCAUCUCACCUGACACCUCCCCACAUCUCCUUCUAUGUCCCAACACCCCCAUCCUUUGCACCCCAUCUCCCAAUAUAAUAAAAAAUAUAGAGAAAUGAUAUGUAUAUGUAACAGAGUUGACAAAGUCAGAAAAACUCACUCCUCUGGUAGAAUCACUAUUUCACAAGAUGCGCCUCUGAAGCGACUUGAUUUUGUAGUGCGGCUGUCUUUCAUGCUAGCCAGCAGAGGACUCACGGCUUUGAGACUGGGAAAAGGACCUUAAGAAGGAGCUACAGCUAGCAUGAAUGACAAUUAUGCUUACAGCAGCAAAUUUCAACGGAAGUUAAACAUACAACCUUACUUUACUCGUCAGCCUGCCCCCCAACCCUGAACCACUCCUGAGGACUGCAGAUGUAUAUAUAUAUAUAUACAUAUAUAUAUGGAAUAUUUAUAUAUAUUCCAUCUAGUCGACACAUGCCCUGCCUGAGCUGUCAUUCGCUGGAGUAGGGUGAAGCUGACUGUGCUACAUCGCCAUUGGUCUCUCAUCAAUAUUGAAGUUUCCCAUAUGGUUCAGGCUAGAGCUCAUAAGGGAGUGUAGGGCUUAGAUCGGUGGUUAGGGGCCACUUCACUCAGCUUUUCAUCUCGACCCUUCCUCCCGAAAGAUAAAAAAAGAGACAAUAGGACAUCCAAGCCCUUCUUUACCUUGAUACAGCUGUCAUCAUGUAAGAAAACUAUCCGAGAAUCCUCUGACUGUCCUCAUCUCAACUGGAGAAGCAUCCAGCGGCAGGGUCUAUAUACAUAUUACUUAUACGAGCAACAAUCCUUUUAAGACUCUCAUCUAGUGCAGAAUAACUCAGUGUUGGCUUAGUCUAAGGAUGGAAUGAAACUGUGGUUUCUAUCAUCAGUGGAAUCCCAUCAAAUAUGAAUCUGAAAUGCAAGCCUGCCUUGUUUAUGGGAAUGAUUCACAGCUUGGAAUCGGAUAAUUAUUGCCAAACUGGUAAAAAAAAAAAAAAAAAAAAAAAAAAUGAAGAUGAACUGGGACAAUACUGAUUCUGAAGUUGAGAAUGUCAGUUUACUUUGGCACUUUCAUGUGAUGUUUCUUUUUGCCUUUAUUUUUAUUUAUUUAUUUUUUGUUUGUUUGCUUUAAGAUGCUCUUUACACUCAUCUUAGGUUACAACCCCUUAAACAAAAAGCACAGAGAAAAAGGGCCGGUAGUAAAUCACUCCAUGAAAAUCAAUCAAGGCAACCUGAGCUGAUUUGUCGUCAGCGGUUCUGUUUCCUGUUUGGUUUGACGGACGGAUUACCUCUCAUACAUUCAUCCAGGCAUCGGAAAACGGGAGCAGAAUGUGUUGCAUACACACACGCACACAGACGCAUAAACGCAGAUCAACCUCACAUGCAUUCAUGCACGCACUGGAAAAAGAAUGGGCUACACACAAACACAAACACACACACACACACACACAUACACACGCACACACACACAGCUGUAAUAGAUGAUAUGAAUAACACACAUGGCUUAUCCUUAGUGACUGUUGACCGAUCAUCACAUGAAGAGAAACAGGGCUCAGUCAGCCUAAAUGCCCUCACAUUGCACUUUAUAUUACACACACACACACCCACACAGGCAUGCAUGCACACACUCAAUCACAAAAUUGUAAUUUGCCAUGUUUAUUGCCGACAUUAUAUACUAAGGAUUUCCACUAGAUGAAUAUCCUCCUAGAGCCAUCAAAUAGCUCUAUGUAGUUUAUCCAAAGUGCAUAUACCCUUUUCACAUAGGAGCUCUGAAUAUUGUACACAGAUGUACACAGGAUAGCCAAAAGCACAAUACUUUUUUACCAACAUAUCUAUUUGUACUUUUUCUUGUUUGUUUUUGUGUCAUUUUUCCCUCGUCUCGUUUGUGUAAUUUGCAUCCUGACCAUUCUUUAACCCAGUCCUGGACAUGGAGGAACAAUCACAUCAUGAUCACAGGUUGACCGUCCAGUGUAGAUGUACAGUGUCAAAUCUAAAUGUGUUUUGUUUGUCCAGUACAUGGCACAAUGAGGUUGUGGUUCUGCUGAACAACAGGGUAUCGUGAUGUGACCGACAGUCGUGCUCGUGACAUGUCUAGAUGUAAUGUAACGUACCUGCCCGUUUGUCCUCCCCCAACCCCCACAGGAUAGUCGAGGCCAAGAUUGCCCCUGACUAUUAAUGGAGGACGGUCAGAUUAGUUAUCUCAUAUUCAUUUUAUCCAUCUCUUGGACGGGUUUAACAAUGAUUUGUGGGGAUAAUCUGUUCCUGUACUGUUUAACCCAAAGAAACAGAUGAUGUCCCCUUUACAGUGUGUCUAAUCUCUCUGGAAGAAAAAAAAAAAAAGCACAGCAACUGUUCUCAUUGUAUCUCUAUCUCUGUCUCCCUCUCUGUCUAUGUGUGUGCAGCAGAAUCAACAACUGGGCACUUUAGGGUGACAUUUUACUUGAAGACUUGCUUAUUAAACAGCAUUGCCUCAUUUAUAAUCCACUGUUAUUAAUAAGCUCCAUGUAAAAUGUCCCUCUUGCAUUACUGAUGCCCAUAGGUCCAUACAAUAACUAUUUGAAAUGUGUACAGUUACUGUAAAUAAGCCUAUGGUAGUUCACUGAAAAGUUUAUAAGAACUUCAAGUAAGAUGUUACCCACUUUCCUGUGUAAAGAAAAUGCUGUACCCGCUGUCUUUCUGGGAAUAAGUACUUUGUAACCAGGAAGUGUUGCUACAGUAGGAAGUUUGAUGUUGCUGUGUACUGUAUUAUACUGCUUAAUAAUGCUCAUGAUAUAUUGUAUUUGACACAUCCAAUCUUCAGAUUUAUCAAUCAGAUAAUACUAGCAAAAUGUGAACAUGUAUCUAAAAGCUCCAUUCCACGGCUGUACUUUUUUAAUUAUUAUUAUUUUUAAGCUGAAUGAAUCAGUUGUUAUCAGUGUGUUGUAUUUUGCACUAAUGUGAGGUCCUGUUCAAUCAAAAAAAAAUUGCAUUGAAGUAUUUAUUCUUAAAAUGUAAAAGUACCCUUUACCUGUUUGUUACUGGGGACGCUCACUCAUACACAUUUUUAGCGGUUCAGAUAUUUAAAAAUAAGAUGUGUGCAGUAGACCAAGGUUAAAUAGUGCUUUUUAUGAUUUGUUUUAGCAUAUGCCAGAUGGAUGGGAAGGUACAGUCUGUGUAUUUGCUACAAUCUGAAUUGUCCUGAUAUGGUAAAUCCCACCCAUCUGAUGCACUAAGCAGGUUAACAAAUAGCUGGAAAUUAUUUGCAAUGGCUAUUUGACCCAGGUCUGGUGUGUAGCUGCAGGCAGCGGCUAUGCACACACUGCAUAAAUAUCAGCUUUACGCAUCUGGUUGCAUCAUGCAACACCGCAUCGGGAAACCAUGUUUACGCAAUCUGUUGUUCUGCUGAUGUUUAUAAGGAGACUAUCUUUGCUCACGGAGCAUGACACGGGGGAGAAAAACAAUGAAACAGCAUGCGGGUGCAGUGUGGACAACAAACUGGAAUGAAUUAUAUAAGGCAGUUAAACCGUGCUAGUGUGUGAAAGAAGACGGGAGUAUGCAAGUGUGCAUCGUGUGUUACAGUGUGUGUGUGUGUGUGUGUGUGAGCGUGCAUGGUAAUGUGUGAGUUUAAGUGUGUGAUUACAGACUGUGUGAGUCUAUGCUGGCAUGAAUCAGGACAGACACUUCUGCCCCCAUCCUCCCAUGGCUUGUCUCAUCUCAUUUGUCAAUGAACCAUAUUCACUGCUGCUUUCUGUGCGUGUUUGUGUGUGUGUGUGUGUGUGUGUGUGUGUGUUUGACUGAGUAUGAGUGCAUGCGGGUGCUUUUUAGUGUGUCUGUGUGUGUGUGUUUGCUUCCGUUUGUGUGUAUGCAAUCACAUAUUUGCAUUCCUUCACUCUUAUAUGCAUAUAUGAGUGUGUGUGCUGCUAUAUCCUUUUAUGAAGUGUCUGUCAGAUAUUUGAAGCUUUCCUGUGGAGAUUGCCUACACAUUCUUGCAUGAGUCAUACUGCACUGCUCGUUUGCUCACUAACUCCUACAAACUGACUCCCAUAUACUUCACACACACACUCACACUCUCUCACACACACACACAGACACACACACAUACACAACAGGCAUGGAGGCAAAAUAGACAAGCUGCAUGCCCCCAAUCACACACACACUCAAGCUUACAUUCAUGGUACAUUCUCUGGUAAGUGUUCAAGCCGGUGAAACCUCAUUCGCUCACUUGCUGUCUUUCUGCUCUUUGUUGUUAUGUCGACCUGCUGUUGUAUAGGCACCACUGUCAGCACUUCUACUCCAUAUGUCCUCUUCCCAUCCCGAAGUUCUCAGUUGGGCCUCAGUCCCUUUCAAUUCAGGAGAUUCAAUCUGCUGAUGUUUGUUUUGUUUUGUUUUGUUUUGUUUUGUUUUGUUUUGUUUUUUGUAUUUGUGUUUGUUGGAUGGUUGAAUUUGAACAGACUGAAGCCCAACCCUGUUCACAUUUGAUUGUAGAUAGCUGUAAAUAGUGUUCAGAAGACUUAAUAUUUCAGAGAUGAGAGAGUAGAGUGAGUUUGUGCAGAGAGCAAAGGAUGCUGUGGCGAAAAAGUACCAUUACAAAACUCAGAGGCAUUUUGGAGGUGACACCGACCAGUAAGAAGAGAGCUACCUAUAAUGUAGAUUAUAACAACUUUGGGGCCUUCGCGAAGUACGCUGUUUUUUUUUGUUUUGUUUUUUUUGUUUUUUUUUCGCCACAAGGAAGAAUCUGAUUGGCACCAAUAGGGGAAAUCUACCCUGACAGCACUUGCCCCGAGUUUGGAUUAAGGGCCAGGGGAAGUUCACCUUUGUUGUUUGCCGUCAGUGUCAAAUAAGAGAUAACAGGGUACUGGUCAUGUUGCUGAAAUGUCUUGUACAGCAGAGGAAGUGCGGUUCGCAGGUGUUCUUCCAUGGCAGGAUGGGAAACAUGACCCCUUACUGCUGAAAAAAAGGGCAGUUGAAAACACAGGAAAGGUUGUGGUUGUAGUCCAUCUAAGGUAUGUUCUAUAAACUCAUGUAUACCCACGAGGGCAGGUUAGAGUCCUUAUGUUAGUCCAGCCCCAUAGAGACAAGCCAACCCGGUCUGGACAACAUGCCGCGCGUCAGAGGAUCUGGAGGAAAUCAGUGCUGGAGGAUGAGAGGAAGUCAAGGCCGGCAGAAGCGACAAAAGCUCCAUCUUGCUCCCACUGAACCAGUUAACCACUAAGGCUCACUUUACGGUCCGCUUUGCCUCAUGUUGUGUCUGAUUGCCUCCGAUCCUCUCAAGCUGUUUUGCAGGCUGGGUCUCUGUGGGGGCAUAUAGAAUUGUGGGUAAUGUAGUUUGGUACAAUCCUACCACUCUGACCCUCAUUCCUGCAUGGUCCCUAUUGGUGUUACAGCCAGCAUGAGAACAAGGACACAAACUGUGAAUCAUCUUUGUAUUUUUUAAAUAAAUUCCUCAGCAGCGUUUAUGGCUUCGGUUUUGCAAAUGAUAUAUUUGUUUUUAGCACUUAUUGUUUUUUGUAAAUUAUUCUGUUUUUUUUUUCUGUUGGGACUUCUUUUUUUUAAUUUACCUAAUUAUGAUGUAUAGAUAUUUAUUCUAGCAAUAGUCUUCCUAUUAAGAUAUACUGUGCUGAUGCAUCCUCUGAAUAACUGAAAAUAACAUAUAUAGAGAUGAUAAUAAUAAUCAAAUCUGCAAAAUGAUUUUCCUAAUAAAAAUGUGAACUGA